AUAUUUGGGCAGCUGACCAAUUUUGUAACAAGAAGACAUUCUACAUCUUAAAAGUACAACACAGACGUCUAGUUAAACAAUGAAAGUUUGAGGAAUGUGCGAGUUUGGCAAUGAAUACAAAUGUUUAUUGCAGCUCAAUAGACAGUUAUAAGCAUGCAGUGCAAACUUGACGGCUGUAUGUACAAGUGUGAGUAUAGACAACAGUGUUGCUGGUGUGCAUCAUUAACUAGAUACAGUGUGUUUUACUACGACAUUGACAGCUUUAAAGACUAAAAAAAAAAGUUGAAGUUAAUAACUAGUCGAAGCGAUUAUCAAAUCAAGAGUUAAUAGCUACGCAGAUCAGUUAGCAUUGUAUACAAAAUGGCAGAGAGGUGCUCACCAGUGGUUGACAUGACAAUAGAAGAGGCCCUAGAAAUAAUGGAAGCUAUGAUGGAUCUGCUUAAGCAAAAGUUGCCUGUAAGGUGCGGCCUACGAGUACCGGAGAUAGUACUAGGAGGGUCACUAGGCACAAGGACAGAGUUACCAGAACGAUACGAUGCUGACAUCAUCAUAUACUCACCAGACAUCACAAUUAAGGAGGUGAUAAGGAAUGGCUAUGGACUCUGGCUAAACCAGAUCAAUCAGUUCAUGCACUCGGAGAAAGACCUAGCUAAGGGGUUCGAAUUCCAUGCCCUCACAGACAAGGGGUUGCAAUUCACAUUUGAGGGGAUUGAGAUUGAGAUAAUGGUCAGUCCAAAUUGGAGAAAGCCAGCUGACUUCUACACCUUCCUAGAGACUUUGAGACCAGUACACAGAAAAUUGUUUACUCAGUGUGCUGCAAAAUGGCAGAUCCAGUUUCUAAAAAAUCAAGCUACUCGGAGAGGUAAUUUUUGCCGUGAGUUCAUUCGUCGAGCAAAGGCAUGGCGUGCGCUCAAGUGGAGGCAAUGUACAGGGGGACGAGGGAGGCCCUCCUCCUAUCUGCUCUCCCUCCUGGUCAUCCACGCCUACGAGAAUGCUCACAAGACACUGGGUGUGUUCUCCACACUCAGUCCAGAGACACUGGCACAACAUGCCACAGAAGAGGUGAAGAGUAUUGUAUACAACUGUGACAAAGUCAACAUAUACUGGGAGCAGUGCUACGCUAUGAAGCAGUACCCUACCCUAGUUCCCCUGAGGGCACCUCGCAUCAUUGACCCGGCUAACCCCACACAUAAUCUGUACCUUACAGGGCUCGCAAAUUUUGAGCCCUACAAAAGGUGUGGAGAAUACGACACUGGGACGGGGGAUUGGAGUUCUCUAAUCAGAAACAUUGGAACGCUAGACUUAAGUAAACCAGUAGAAUGAAUAUAAUUAUCACAGCGUAAUUGUGUCUAUAACUAUUCUAUCGAAAAAAUUAACAUACGAAUAGGGGCGUUUCACCAUGCAGUAUACGUGGGUGUGAUUUCAAUAUAGAAAAUAUUAGCCUGCAUGCAUGGGGGCCAGACCUUUUCUCAGAGGGGAGAGCGGCCGAGGGGCAA